CAUGCUCGGCUCUUGCCGGCUCCGGCGCCCGUAGGUGGAAAGCUCCGACUCCCGGCGGCAGGGCUAGCAGCCCGCAUCCAGAAGCAGCGCGGGCGGAGGAGGUUGGUACGCGCUGGGUGCUGCAGACCUAUCCGGGUGGCCAUGGCGAGCGGCGCACGGCGACCACCGGGGUGGCGCAGCGGUGUCAGAUUCUUGAUCAAGUACUUACUCCAUGGAUCCAGGACAGGUUCGUCCCAUGGCCUGCUCUGAACAGUGUACAGUCUAAGAGAAGAGUCCAUCAGCACACCAUCUCUUGCCUUACAGAGCAAGCCAAGAAGAUGGACCUACUGAAGAACCAUCCGACUGUGUGCUUACCACCUUCUGUGCCCUUCUUAAUCCUAGUCUCCACUCUCGCAACUGCUAAGAGUGUCACCAACAGCACGUUCAAUGGCACGGACGUGGUCUUGGGCUCUGUGCCUGUAAUCAUUGCCAAAACUGACCACAUCAUAGUCAAGGAGGGGAGCAGUGCCUUGAUUAACUGCAGUGUUCAUGGCGUCCCCGACCUAGGAUUUAAGUGGUAUAAUUCUGUUGGCAAGCUAUUGAGAGAAGGUGACGAUGACAAGGAGAGAGGAGGAGGCAAAAUACAUGGAAAUUAUGAAGUAUAUUCUGUGCAGGGAAAAUGGCAAAUGCUGGAUGGGGGCCUCCUGAACAUCACCAAGGUGUCUUUCUCAGACAGAGGGAAGUACACGUGUGUGGCGUCUAACAUCUAUGGCACCGUAAACAACACAGUGACCCUGAGAGUCAUCUUUACCUCCGGAGACAUGGGCGUGUACUACAUGGUCGUGUGCCUCGUGGCCUUCACCAUUGUCAUGAUCCUCAACAUCACCCGCCUGUGUAUGAUGAGCAGCCACUUGAAGAAGACUGAGAAAGCCAUCAAUGAGUUUUUUAGGACAGAAGGUGCCGAGAAGCUGCAGAAGGCGUUUGAGAUUGCCAAGCGCAUCCCCAUUAUCACCUCAGCCAAAACUCUAGAGCUUGCCAAAGUGACCCAGUUCAAAACCAUGGAAUUCGCCCGGUACAUCGAAGAGCUUGCCAGAAGCGUGCCCUUGCCUCCCCUCAUCAUGAACUGCAGGACGAUCAUGGAGGAGAUCAUGGAAGUGGUCGGGCUAGAGGAGCAGGGGCAGAAUUUUGUGAGGCAUACCCCGGAAGGCCAGGAAGCCACAGACAGGGAUGAGGUAUACACAAUCCCCAACUCCCUGAAGCGAAGCGACUCCCCCACCGCCGACUCGGACGCUUCGUCGCUGCCUGAACAGCCCCCUCAGCAGAUCGCCAUCAAGGUUUCAGUUCAUCCCCAGGCCAGAAAGGAUCACACGGAUGACCAGGAGGGUGGGCAGUUUGAGGUCAGAGAUGAAGAGGAGACGGAUCCAUCCGAGGACCAUUCCCCAGAGACGGCGGAGCCAUCUACAGACAUAACGACCACAGAGCUGACGUCUGAAGAGGCAUCGCCUGUCGAGGUACCGGAGCGAGGACUGCCACCAGCACACCUGGAAAUGCCAGAACCAGCAGUGACAUGUGACAAAAACACCUGCAUUAUUUAUGAAAGCCAUGUCUAAUCUUAACUCCGAAAAGCUAUGCAUAUCAAGAAAAUCAGGGGCUGCUCCUUGUAAUACAAAUGUAGUAUGCACUUGCCGCUAAGCCUUACCAGGAGACUCUCAUCCCUUAGGUUGGAGUGAUGCCCCGUGACGGGGAAGACACCUGCAUGGAGUUCAUGGGACUAGACUCACCCCGGUAGGAACAGACGUGAGAAGUGCUGGGGUCCAGAACUGAUCCGAGGAGGCAGAGGUCUGUCCAUGGGAUCUGAAUCGUAGAGGCCAUUCUCUGCCAAAUCCCUUAACUGGUGAUGCCCUUUUGGCCAAGAGUACACCAUUGUAAGAUGUUCUGAGUUCAGGAGCCGUGUCUAAUGCAUACUGCAUUGCUUUUCUUUCGGUAAUUAUAAAUCUGCUACCGUAGCAAUUGCUCCUACAUGGGUUUGUUGCACUUUCUUCUCAGUUUUAAUUAUUUUCACGGUUCUUCUAUAAUGGAGUAGUUAUUAUAUUAAUAUUAAUUGCUCUUUCUGCUGGAGCCUUCUGUGUCACCUUUAUCCUUGUUUUGUCUUAGUGUGUUUACCUCAGAGUCUCGGGUGUCGGUCACUGACAUGGCUGUACUAUGUCAUUUGUAAUGCUCCAAAGUAGUUACGCCCCACUCUUUUUUCCUAAUUUCCUCUUUAAAAAAAUACCCUCACACCUCUAUUCAUAAUCAUUUUGUUUCCAAUGAAGCUGCUAUUCUGAAACUGAGAAAAACUUUGCCCCAAGUAGCACUUUAACAGUCAAAUUUACCUGUCCAGUUCUGAGAGCAUUUAGGUGAGCUCAGCUUGAGGUGAGGAACGAGGUUAUAAAUACUUAGACAUGCCCACAACACUCCAGAAAAUGGCUUACAUGCAGGUGCCCUCAGAACAGCCCCAAAUGCUUGUCACCACCCCAUCAGAGGAAAUGGCCUUGGACCGCCCGGUUCUUACCAGGAUCGUCAUCAUUUUCAUUUGAUUGGGAGUAGAAUAUGCAGGUGACCCCUCGAAGCUCACUUAGAAUUUUGUGGAAGGUCUUCUAACUGUAAUAAUCCCUAAGUCAUUGGGAACCUAGAGAGGAAAGAAAAAAUUCUUUAAAACAAUUGUGGAAAAAAAAGGCAAAAAAAAAAUUUUUUUACUGUUACUAUUGGGUUCUUUCUCCAAAUAUGAUGCCAUCAAAAAAGAACAGCAUUCUGAGUUCAUACCAGUUCACUGUCUCUUGCAGAGAGGGAAACCAGGGUCCAGAUUUGCUAAAAAGCCCGGCAAAAGAAGACAGGGUCUUCACCUGGAAGAUUUAUUGCCUCCUAAGACAGGCGUUUGGCGAAUUCCUGUAGGUACGGCAUGUCUGCUUCCCAGAAGGCCUUGCGGGGCCCAUAGGGCGCGGCUCAGCCCAGCACUAGAUUUAGGGCAGCAUCUCUGUGAAGAGUACAACUGGGUCCCCUUUCGACUGCAUACUCAACGUGUUGAUCAUUGAGAGGGAGCUUGCAAAAUUAAGAUAAUGACACACAGGAUUUUAUCCUGAAAUUAUUGAAUUCUUUGGCCACCAUUCAGUGCAUAGGCAUUUUGAUAUUAGAGAACAAUGACAAUCCAGCCAUCCAUUGGGUUAAUUCUUGACUGUGCCAAUAAGCAGCUGCCAGGCUCUUUAGCAAAUCUGGACCUUGGUUUCCCUCUCUGCAAGAGAGGGAAACUGGUAUGAACUCAAAAUGCUGUUCUUUUUUUGAUGGCAUUAUAUUCAGAGAAAGAACCCUAUAU